AUGUUAAAAGAUGUGUCCCACAGUGGAGGGUGGUUUUUGACCUUGGACUCUGGAAAACUCCGGAACGAGCCUAUUGUACUUGGUGAAUUACGUUAUAAUGUCCCAUUAGAUGAGACAACGAAUAGCAGUUUGAAAUGGGAUUAUGAUCAAUAUAAUUCGGAAGUAUUACUAUUCGAAUGGAAUAUAACGAGAGAAUAUGACAGUGGUGCUUUAUUAGCAUUUACAAAUUAUGAAUACACGAAUAAUGCCGAUUUACUUGUGCUCGAUGAAAGCGAUCAACUCCACAAUGCAUAUACAAAUGAUGACAGCAUGAUCAUACUUGAUAAUGAUAAAAAAAUAGAUGCUGAGGUUAUUAGUGGUGAAACCAAACAAAAAACGAUACAAAACAGUGGUACAGUGAAUAUUAGGUCAGGAAAAUUGAAUCGAACACAAUUAUAUGAAAUAAAGAAAAAUCGAUCAUCCCUUCAGCUCGAUCCUAAAAAUAUUAAAUUACAUUUACAACGAGUACAAUUAUUGAAAAGUCAGCGAAAAGUAAUACCAAGUUUUCCGCAAAUUAGGCCACCUGAUGGACAAAAUGAGCCAUAUCUAGAUCUGUUGAACUCGUUCUAUUUGAGUGAAUAG